AUGUUGAACUCAGGAACAAAAGAGCUUGAUAAAAUCCUAACAGUUGGGAGAACAGAGAAGACAUGCAGUGGGUUAGGAUAUCAAGGUUAUACUUUUCAAGAUAAAACUACAUUUGUUAGUAGUGGAAUUCUUCAAGAUGAGAAUCAUAUUCUAAAAACCAAGAGUGAUCAGAUCAAAAGCAGUCAAGAAAGAACACAGCAAACAAAUACAGGUUGUUUCUAUUGUGGUAAAUAUGGGCAUUACAAAGCUCACCUCAGCAACCUCCAUCCAAACAAAUACAGGUUGUUUCUUCUUAACAGAAUCAGUCAGCUUUGGAGACAGAAGAAGUUCACCUGGAAUGGAUGGAGGAAUCAAGUAUGGAUGAAGAAACGAGAUCUUUACGGAAGAUCAUAUUCUCAAGAGAAAGAGGAAGAGGAGAUAAGCGACCAUGUGACUCUUAGAAGAGAAGACGACGGCGAUAAUCGCUGGAAAAAGACAAACCUCAUAUUGAGAAAGUUUUUGCAUCUUUUGAAAUCGCGAUUGAAAGAGGCAAAAGAGCUUCGUGUGUUCGGGUACACGGACAUCUCGGUUAGUAUAAAAAUGGAGUCAAGAGCUCUGGAGAAUCUCAAAGAGAAAGACGCACCUAAGGUUAUCAGAAGGCUUAGCAUCAAAAUCCGUCGUGACAAAGAAAUUACUGGUCAGCGCUGA